UAUCUUGUCCAAGAAUCGAAAAUGGUGUAGAGUUUGUUCCCAAGCAAUCGAAAAUGGUGCAGCGUCUCACUUAUCGUUCUCGACACAUUUACGCCACCAAAUCGAACCAGCACCGAAUCGUCAAAACCCCAGGAGGGAAGUUGGUGUACCAGACCAUCAAGAAGAGAGCUCGCGACCCAAAAUGCCCUAUUACUGGCAAGAGAAUUCAGGGGAUUCCUCACUUGAGAUCCACUGAAUACAAGCGCUCAAGAUUGUCGAGGAACCGUAGGACUGUGAAUCGUGCCUAUGGUGGUGUUCUUUCUGGCCGUGCUGUUAGGGAGAGGAUCAUUCGUGCUUUCUUGGUGGAAGAACAAAAGAUUGUGAAGAAGGUUUUGAAGAUUCAAAAGGCUAAGGAAAAGUUGGCAGCUAAAUAAGUGACAUUAUGUUGCAUCUCUAUCCCAUUUCUCUACCA